CUUCUCCCAGCUCUGGCUGUGCUUUCUGAUAGAGUAAACCUGAGGACUGAUCUACUCUUGCAGACUAAACCAUGGCCCAUGGGUCAGUGACAUUCAGGGAUGUGGCCAUGGACUUCUCUCAGCAGGAAUGGGAAUGUCUGAACCCUUUCCAGAAGACCUUGUACCGGGAUGUGAUGAUGGAGAACUAUGGUAACUUAGUCUCACUGGGCCAUUCCAUUUCUAAGCCAGAUGUUAUUACAUUAUUGGAGCAAGGAAAAGAGCCCUGGAUGAUUAUAAAGAAAGAAACAAGAAAAUGGCGUAAAGAUUUGGAGUCAAGAUAUGAAAAAAUCAGCUCUGAGAAAGUACACCUCUAUAGAAAAUAUUCAUCUCUUACUCUACAUCAAAGAAUUCACAAUAGUGAGAAAUCCAAGGAAUGUGACAAAUGUGGGAAGGCCUUCACUCGUCAUACAGACCUUAUAGUACAUCAGAGAAUUCAUACUGCCUGUAUGACAUUGGUCACAACGUUUGGCCUUCUGGGAGUCCUGUGCAAAGAACAAUAAUAAAUAUAUUAUAGUGCCAUUAUUGGAAAUGAGAAAAGUUGGAAAGCUUUUUCACAUUGUCUCUGUUCAGUAAGUAAUAGAUACUAUUUUAUACUAUUUAUAUUACUAUGGAUGAAUUAUUAUGAGAAUAAAGUCCAUAUACUGA